AUGCAGUUGUUUCAAUUUGCGUAUUGUUCCGCGAUAGUGCUGUUGGCAAAUGCCAAAUCCAUCGACCGUUAUCAUCCCGAGCGGGAUGAGAUCUCUACAGCUUCGCUGUCUGCACCGAACAGUGUUGAGUUGACAGCACGUUACUGGGUAGAUGAAGCUCAAACGGGAAUCAAGGCGAAGCAGAAACGGUUACAAACCAGCCGAAAUGAAAUUGCUCGUAAUGUUGUAAUGUUUCUGGGCGAUGGCAUGUCGGUGCCAACGCUGGCGGCUGCACGAACUUUGCUGGGACAGCGCAAUAAUCAACCAGGUGAAGAAGCGCAGCUUGCUUUCGAGGCUUUUCCAACCGUCGGUCUCGCUAAGACAUACUGCGUAGAUUCUCAAAUAGCUGAUUCAGCGUGUACAGCAACAGCAUAUUUAUGUGGAGUGAAAAACAACUAUGGCGUGCUUGGUUUAACUGCUGCAGUACCACGCCGCAACUGCUCAGCAUCGCUUGAUACUUCUACACAUAUUGACUCCAUCGCGGCUUGGGCUCUAGCUGACGGACGUGAUGCUGGCAUCGUUACAACGACCCGAAUAACUCAUGCAUCGCCAGCUGGAGUCUACGCCAAAUCAGCAAACAGAAAUUGGGAAAAUGAUGCAAAAGUUAGAGAAGACAACCAAGAUCCAAAUGCAUGCCGUGACAUAGCAUAUCAGUUAGUACAUUCAUCACCAGGAAAUCAAUUUAAGGUUAUUUUAGGUGGUGGAAGACGGGAGUUUUUGCCUACAACAAGUAUUGAUGAGGAAGGUACCUCAGGACGAAGAACUGAUGGACGCAAUUUAAUAGAAGAUUGGCAAAAGGAUAAAAUAUCACGCAACGUAACUUAUCAAUAUGUUUGGAAUCGCGAUCAGUUAAUGAACGCUGCAGAAGCGCUCCCUGAUUUUCUCUUAGGCCUGUUCGAAGGAAGUCAUAUGCAAUAUAACUUGGAAGCUAAUGUUCAAACUGAACCAACACUUGCAGAACUAACUGAAAUCGCAAUACGGUCACUGAGCAGAAACAAAAAGGGAUUUUUCCUAUUCGUUGAGGGUGGGCGUAUCGAUCAUGCACACCAUGAUAAUCAAGUUCAGUUGGCUUUAGAUGAGACAAUUCAGAUGAGUGCAGCUGUUACAAAAGCUGCUGAACUUCUAUCUGAGCAAGACUCACUGAUUGUGGUGACAGCUGAUCAUGCACACGUGAUGACUUUCAACGGAUACACGAAACGUGGUAGUGACAUUCUCGGACCCUCUGAUAAGAGAGAUGAAUCUGGCAUACCCUAUAUGACUCUUUCUUACACCAAUGGACCGGGGUUUCGUUCCCAUGUCAACAAUACUCGAGUUGAUGUUACCGCUGAAUCUGAAUACAGACAACUUGAUUGGAUGAGCCACGUCGACGUACCGUUGGAUUCGGAGACGCACGGCGGUGAUGACGUGGCAGUGUUCGUGCGUGGUCCACAGCACCAGAUGUUUUCGGGUCUGUACGAGCAGAGCCAGCUGCCGCACCUCAUGGCAUACGCGGCCUGCAUCGGCCCCGGUCUGCAUGUCUGCAGUGCGGCAUCUCGAAUUGUUCAGAUGCCAUUAACGAUGUUGAUGAUUGUAUUAAUACGUAGAUUAUUCCACUAA